GGCUCUUAAUAAUUUUGGCGGUUCCUUCAACUUCGUCUUCCAUUGUUCCCUCCCAAGCGGCUGUAGCAGCUCUAUUCCAUGGCAUCGGAGAAGAAGCUAUCGAACCCAAUGAGGGAGAUCAGGGUCCAAAAGCUGGUCCUGAAUAUCUCAGUAGGUGAAAGCGGAGAUCGCCUCACUAGAGCAGCCAAGGUGCUAGAACAACUCAGUGGCCAAUCACCGGUUUUCUCCAAGGCAAGGUACACUGUUCGGUCCUUUGGUAUCAGGCGUAACGAGAAAAUUGCUUGCUAUGUUACCGUGAGGGGUGAAAAGGCAAUGCAACUGUUGGAGAGCGGGUUGAAGGUCAAGGAAUACGAGUUGCUGCGUAGAAAUUUUAGUGACACUGGCUGCUUUGGCUUUGGUAUUCAGGAGCACAUUGAUCUGGGAAUCAAGUAUGAUCCUUCUACUGGAAUUUAUGGAAUGGACUUCUACGUAGUCCUUGAACGCCCAGGAUACCGUGUAGGCCGUCGCCACAGGUGCAAGUCUCGUGUUGGGAUUCAGCAUCGGGUGACAAAGGAGGACUCCAUGAAAUGGUUUCAGGUGAAAUACGAAGGUGUCAUCCUUAACAAGUCUAAUGCAAUCACAAAUUAGGGACACCAAACAAGAAUUAACGAUUCUAAAGUUUUGGCAAGCUCCUCUAUAAGGAUAUUUUGAGUUAAGAUAUGUUUCUUGUUUAGAAUUUCAGAUAGCAAUAUUUUGUCUUUCCCAUAUCGGAUUUUGGGUUAUGUUGACGAUUUCCAGUUCAAAAGAUUGUUUUAUCGAGUUUGGUAAGCAUGAACUUCAUCACA